UUUCAUUAUUUACAGCGAUAUCUACAAAUUAUAAUAUUCUUCGAAAACCAAAACGAUGCAAAAUCUGCUUCUCGUCGUUGCUAUAGCUUUCACUCUUCUUCAAGGUGGUACCGGUCUCAAAUGCUACAUUUGUGAACACGACUGUGAAACAGUCAAUGAUGAUUUGGAACAAGUUUGCCCGGCUCUUUUUGUGAGCAUUGAUAAGUUUAGAUCGUGCACUAAGACGGUUAAUGUCACAUCCGCAGGUGUCAGAACCGUCAGAAGAGGAUGUGGUGUCGGUGCUUCUGAAGCAUGCCAAAUAACUAUGCAUGGAAAAACUACACACACACUCUGCCAUUGUCGCAAAGGUCUCUGUAACGCAGCAGAUAGCUUCAAUAUGAAUGUACUACUCAUACUUCUCGUGGCUGUGGGGGUUGUGCUGAACAUAUAUAUAUAUAUAUAAUUAGAAAUGUGUUAUUUUGUUAAACAUUUGCGAUCAUUACCAUCUCAGAAUGUUUGUUGAUAACUGCUUCAAUUAUUUGCCAAAUAUUAGCAGAUAAGAACAAUUGUAGUCUUACUGAUUUUCGAUUUGCUUGCAAGUUAGUUAAAUAACAAAGAAAAAUUAGUGUCUCAAAUCUACCAGCUUUGACAACGUUAAUUCAACAUAUAUAUGUAUAAUAUCAAUGUGAUAUUUCAACUACUCUAAACCUUAAGUAAAUUUUAGCAUUACAACAUUCCAGAAAUAAUGUCAGGACUAUGCUGCCGAGUAUAGUUGACUAAAGCGUAUUUAGAAAACCAACCCGAAAUCUAAACUUUUUUGUAAGAUACCCCAAUUAAAAGCGUUUAAAUAAGUGUGUCCGUAUUUUAGUAUUGUAAAAGACCGGUCGGGUGGGAAGUCCGGAAAAUGACAAAUCUAAUGCCAAUUGAGUAGCAAAAAUUUCGAAAGUGUAUUUACAAUAGCAUUCCAAAUCAGUUAAAAUUUUUCAAAUUCUUCCUGUAGUUGCAAAGUUAUUGGAGAACAACCGAGUUAAUAAUGACAAUCUGACUAAUUUCGUCUAGUUUCCGGAUGUAUUUUUGGCAUAUUCUGACGAAAUUUGGGUUUAUUUGUUUGAUAAAUUGACCGAUAAUUCCGCUUUAUGAAAGCAAUGAGAUUUCGGAGCAUUCGCAACAAUGGAACAGUUUGCUUUCAUGAGACUGCACACCACCACCAGAUGGUGCCAUAGCACUGUGGUAGAGCACUAGUCUUGUUCACCAGCGAUCAGAAAUUCGUUCUUCCCUGGUGACUUUGCUGACUUUUUUGAAACUUUUCUUUACAAUAUCCAUCAAUCAUUGAAUAGGUAGAAAGAAAUAUCUGAAGUUUUUUCCAUCAAAAUAUCCCGUUUCUCUCACGCAUCUCUUGGAAGAUGAUAAAAUUCAUUUAGUGAAAGCUGCAAUUUAAAAGCAAUUCCAUUCAAAUUAUUUAAAAUAACUUCUAAUUACAUAACGUUUUUUUAAAGAGAGGGCGAAUGAAGUCUAACUUUAGUGCAAGUUGAAUUUUAACUGCGAUUGUUCGAAACAUUUUAUCAUUUCAUCAGAUGUCAAAAAUUAAAAAGUUUGGAACCCAACAGUCUAAAAUGAAGGAUACUAGUCUAAUCAAAUUGCCAUGCGAUAUUACAAUAUGCACAAAAACAUAAUAAAACUUAAUCGAUUGAACAAAUGCACAGUGAUGAACCAAUUUUUAUGACUAAUGUAUUUAAAUUGUGUUGUAGGGUUCGUGGAUGUUGUUCCUUAUGACUCCACGCGUGUCAAAUUGAGCUUUCUUUAACUGUCAGCUUGAAUGUAUCUAAUAAUAACUAUUUUGUAAUAUAUUCUUUAGUUAUAAAAUGGUGAUAAAACAAGAUAAAAUAGCAAUAAAACAGUACAACAUUUCUUCUAGUAUGAUUGAGCUUGGAUAUUGCGGUUGAGCUGUUCGCUGCGCGACAGAUUCAAGUCGAAUGUCAAAA